CCGGAUGUGCAUCCCAUUUACUGUCCGUCUCCACCUGGGAAACUGAAAAACAAAACUGCACUGAACCCUCAGAUGAACAAUAGGCCUACCUCAUGAACGGGAGACCUAACCAGCCCAGGAGAGGCGGAGGCAGGGGAAGAGGCAGAGGCCAGCAGCAGAAAUGGAGACCCCAGCAUCAGCAUCAUGACGGGGAGCACUGGGAGUCAAGAGCUGGAGGGUCAGAGACUGAUUACAGUGAACCCCGAGGCGGUCAGUGGGGUAACGAGCAGCCAGACAGGUGGAACCAGCGGUGCGAGGGGGGCCAGAGGUCUUUGGGACGGCCCCCACCACAGCACGAGCACCAGCAUCAGUACCACAGGCCACAGAGGGACAACAGGCAUCUUCCAGACAGGGACAAACAGCAGCAGAACUGGAGGCAGAGAGGAGACCAGGAUGGUGGCAUGACGGAGCCCAACACACAGGACACGCAGCACCAGAGACACAACAACAAGAGGACACAGCAGCGUCAGGAGGAACCAGAGCAGGGUGUUCAGCCUCCCAGCGAGUACCCCCACGGCACCUGCCUGACCAUGUGUCCGAGACGGGAAAUUCAGGACCGGGAGGCACAGUGCCGACUUCACCGCUUCGAGAUGCUGGCGGGCACCGAGCACGACCGAAAGCCCAAGGCUGACCCGGCCCGCAUGGUGAAGGAGUACUCCCGGCCGGCCGCGGGUAAGGAUGCCACUCUAUCCAGUGACCUAAGGCCCUCAGCUGUGCUGCUGAAGACCGUCUGCUACCUGGUCGAUGAGAUCGCCGCCUCCACCACGCUACAGCCCUGGUCCGAGGUGUACAGCUUCGUGUUCGAUCGUCUGCGGUGUGUUCGGCAGGACAUGAUCAUCCAGCGCAGCUCGGGCCCUGAUUGCCUGGCUGUGCUGGAGCGCUCGGUGAGGUUCCUCUUGUACGCCUCCUACAGGCUGUGUGGAGAACCACUCCAGCUCUACGACCCCAAGAUCAACGACACUCACCUGCAGGAGAGCCUAAGCUGGCUACUGGAAGGCUACAGGCUGCAGGACGAGGAGAACCACGACACGCACACCAGGGGCACAGGGAUGGAGGAUGGCUCCAGCCAAUCAGAAGAACCAGAGGAGGAGACGUCACGUAAAACAGGCGUUGAGGUGGGCAGGCAUGGGAGGCAAAACGGGAAUCGAGAAGAGUUCGAAGCUCUUAACUUGCUUUACAAUCUAGGUUGUGCCCGUGUCACACAACACGUCUUAGAACUCCCCGCCCACGUCCGUUCCUCUCACGCCGUUGACCAGGCCCUGGCCAUCAGCCGGGCCUUCAGCGAGCGGAACCCCGUCCGCCUGCUGCGAUUGGCCGGCCGGCUGGACUUCCUGCAGAGGUGCGCGCUGCACCGCCACCUGCCCGUGUGCCGACGCCACCUGCUGGCCAUCUACAGUCACGGCCACAGCAGCCGCAACUGCCGCUACCCGCUGCCGCACCUGGCAACCCUUCUGGCGCUGACGGAGAGCCAGACCCAGAGGCUGUGCCAAGCCCACGGCGUGCCCUUGAGCCAAGACGCCGGGACGGGCUGGGUGGCGUUCAGCAAGGCACACUUCCUGGAAAAGCCUACAGGGGAGGGCGAGGGCGAGGGGGAGGGGAUAAGUUGUGCCGACGCCCACCAGAAGGAGAUGAGGAAAGAGGCGGAGGUGAAGGUGGCCCUCAUCAUCCAUGGACACGGAUAGAAGCAGUCGGCAACUCCGGGAACGCCCAUGAAAUUGCUUGUUUUCCCCCACGUUGGCUAAUCAAUAUGCCAAAUGACUGGCAGUGAUUGGACCGCACGAGCAUUCGUAAGGGGAAAACAAUGCUGUUUAAUGGGCGGGCCAGAGAAGCCGACUGGAUGAAUGAUGAGAUGUGAUGAUGAGAUGAGCUGAGAUGUGGGGCAAUUAUCCAAACUUCUGUCCUCCCUUGUGCUUGUGGAUUCAUGAUGAUGUCACAAGAUGACGUCACUGACGAUAGACGAUAGGCCAUUGUUUGGCCGACUAGUGAUUGCUGUGGACUGCACAUCAAUCAACCAAAUUGUGUGAUGACCAUAUCUACUCACCUGUGUGGUACUCUGUCAAAACAAACAUUAUCAGUUCAAGACUGGAGAGAGAGAGAGAGAGAGAGAGAUGUGUUGGGUGCUUGGUGUGACCGUGGAUGUGUGUGUGUGUCUGUGUGUGUGGCAGAAAAAGUGAGGUUCGGAUAUGGCACUGCAGUCGUACUAUUUGUGAAUUUACAAUGUCAAAUAGCCUGAUGAGUUUAAAUCUGAGCCUAUGCUUUCAUGAGUUUAACGCUGUGAAAUGUUGGGUUUUCAUGAGUAUAUAACAGUGUGAGUGAGCAAGUCCAACAGUAAGCACUGAGUAAACAUGAGUCAAGAGAACCUCAUAGAGUUAGAUCAUUAGACUAGAGGAGGCACGGCAAUUUGUGACAACACUGGAAAACAAAAAGCUUCUGAAGGUAGAGCUGCGCUCUGUAGUCCAUGUAAAUCAAUGGAGAACACGCCCACCUCUGUCAAAACAAUGGCCUGAGACUGAAUGUGAAGUAGGGAUGCAAACGAUUAAUCGACUUUAAUCGAUCAACGUGUUAAUCGAUUAAAAAACAUUAAUCGACAAUUCAACUGACAAGAAUCCCAGGUGAAAUGGGUAUAUGUGAAGAGUAUGUGUGAAGAGGGGUAUGAAUAGUGGGAAUAUUUAAAUCACCUUUGCAUUGAAGAAUUGAAAUAGAAUUAAUUUAGAUGUGGUAUUUUAUCUCAAUAUUUAAUUAAAAAUUUUACAUUUUGAAGCCAUUUUUGACAGAGAUGGGCCCCUUCUCUUUUCGUGUACAUUUCUCGGGUCUACCUAGAACUAAUGGCUGCCAAGAUUGCCGUGAAUAAGGGGGGUGGUGCCACCUCUAGUCUUAUUCUCUACCUCUAUGGACAACCUGCUCAGGGGAUGUUCAACACAGGAGUAGUAAUUGCCAAAUAUGAGCCUGGAGUGAUGUGGUGCUAUGUGCCUUCUUUAUUUUACCGUUUGUGAUGAUCAGGUUGACAAAAAUAAAUAAAUAAAUAGAGUUUUCUUUUGUAUUUA